ACCGGCUUCUCAACGCAGUGGGCGUGUAUCGGAGGGUAUCAUGGCUGAAGGAAGGUCCCUGGAGAUGUCGAGCCCAACGACAGAAGAGGGAUAUUCUCCGCAUUACCAAGCUGUACUGCAACACAAGGAUGACUUGGCCAGAAGUCUAGCCAGUGGACCGGAUCUGCAUCUUUUGAAUCAAUUCAAAAUCAGAGGAUGGCUUGGUGGUGAAGUAGACGCUACUCCUACUCGGAUGAUUGACGAGGCUCUGCACAGAAUACAGUCCGACCCCUCUGAUUAUGAAGUUUUCAUUGGAAUGCUACCAGAUGACAUACGAGUAAAACCCACUGUGGAUCAAAUAACAGGAAUGUGUCCUCUUUCUACUCCAACAGCAUCAACCACUAAACUUCAUGGUAUCCGUACACCAGACUUGAUUAGUACGCUCUUCAAUCUUGGUCUCAAAUCUGAAGGAGGCGGGGAGGACGAAGAUUUCCUAUCGUUACUCCUUAAAUAUGAACUUGAAGAUAUUCUACCUCUUCCUAAAACAACUGGGUCAUAUCUGAGAGAGCAUGGAGAAGAACUACAUGUACUAGAAGAAGAAGAAAAGGCUUUGCAGAGAGCAAUUCUACAAGCAGCUACAGCUAGUGGUCUAGACUUUAGUGGCAUACUCAGUCAGGCCAUAGAUUUGCUGACUAAAGUACAGCGAAACUUGAAACAAGCAAAUCCUAAACGAUCAGCAAAUGGGGUGAAUUUUACUGAUGGAAGAAAAAAGACCAAGCAGUUUUACUCCCCACUGAUGCAUGCAUGUGAGGAAGGGCAUGAAGAUAGGGUGAAACUUCUGCUCGACAAAGGAGCAAAAGUUGAUUUCAUUGCAGGACAACUCAAACCAAAGCCAAAAGGCAAAUCUAAAAUAAUAGGGUCAAGGAUGAAUGCCGUACACGUGGCUUGUGUACAAGGAAGAACCGAAGUUGUACAACUUCUUAUUUCAAGUUCAACAAACGCCGCAAGGGAUGUCCUCAACGCAAAAACUAAAGUCAGCGGCUAUUUUUCUGCACGAUAUGAAUAAAGUCUUUUCCCCCCAACAGGAUAAAUGGACACCUCUGAUGUACUCUGUGAAGGAAGGCCACACUGAGGUUGUUAGUUUACUACUGGAACAAGACACAGUGGACAUAUUAGCAACUAAUCAAAAAGGCCAGACAGCCCUUCAUCUGGCUGGCCUGCAUGGUAGACUGGAGUGUUUUAAAUUGAUCCAUGCCAAGCUGGCAGCACAGAAUGGAGAGAAACUCAAGAGAGCUGAUAUUGAGAACCCUUAUCUUUCAACUGACAAAAAAGGCUACAAUGUUCUUCAUCGUGUGUGUAAAGGACCAAAGGGUGAAAAUGAUGAAAAUGUGACUGUUGAGUGUCUGAGGUGGAUUUGUGAAAGUCUGCCCCAACUUGACAAGCCCGAAGUUCUUAAUAUGAAAACACAAGAAGGAUACUCAUGCUUGCUACUUGCCUGUGACUGUAAUAACAGGAAUCUGGUUGAAUACCUUUUGAGGGUAAAGAGAGUGGAUGUGAAUUCAACUACAGAAGAUGGAAAGACUGGGCUCCACAUAGCAGCACUACACGACUAUCCUGAAAUAGCAGAUUUGCUUAUGGAUGCUGGGAUCUCUGUUGCUACCCAAGACAAUGAGUAUAAGAGAGGAGACUCGGAUGAGAUUGCUGGGAUGGACACUGCAUUGCAUAUAGCUGUGCGUAAGUCUAGUGCAAGUGUUGAAGGGAGGAUCAGGUCACGCAGUGACUUACAACCUGACGUUCUCAUCGUUCAGAACAAGAUGGGGCAGACACCAGAUGAAGUCAAACCAGAAGAGAUCAUACCUCAAGAAAUACGGAGAUUGGGAGAGGCUGCAGUCAACCGCUACCAUCAGUUGCUCCGUCGAGGCAAGAAAAAGAAAAUGCCCCGCUGCAACCUGAUAGCACUGGGCGAACAGAGAGUGGGGAAAACUAGUCUGCUUUGUCUGCUGACGGGGGAAAAGUUCGUUAGGGAUCGAGAUCCUACGCGAGGCAUCCACAAUGAGAAGGUCGACGUGCUAACAUCAGGGAAUGUUUCAUCUAAGACCUGGAAGGAGGUGAAGUCCGAGGACAUUGCCAAGCAAAAUGAAAAGCAAUUUGCCUCUUCAGUUGCCGAAGACUUAAGGCCUGACUUUGCUAAAAAUCCAACUGGUGGAGCCCAUCCACCACACCCUGAUGAACUCAGGGGUCUCAUAGCAGCCAUUGAGACACACCUUCAGGAGAUGGAGAGGGCAGCUGAAGCAUACUCAAAAGAACCUUUGACACUCGUUCCCAGACCCAAAAGAGCUGCAGAGCCCCAAAUAGAAUCUAGUGACAGCUUUGCAAAAGCUCCAAAACGUCGCAAACCUGCAGCCCCUUUCACAGACAUUGAUGUUAGAAAUGAAAACACUUCCACCAAGGAUGGGAAAGCUAUUGCUACGGAGAAGAGGCCAUCACCUUCGAAACCAAAACUAGCCACGCCAGUUGAAAAAGGAAGUCAGCCUCAACCUCCACCAGAGACAUCUGAACCUGUCCAUGGUAGCCCUACCAACCGUGCCUCGGGCUUGCAAAGAGCACCCAACAUUGGGCGUAACCUGACCAAAACUAUAGUCUCCGGGGCAAAAAGGGGUUCAACAACAACAGAGCCAGUGCUUCAGUACAACACACUAGACUUUGCUGGCCAGACAGAGUACAGGGCAAUGCAUCACUGCUUCAUUGUACGUCGAGCCAUCUACUUAGUUGUAUUCAACCUCCUGAUUCUCAGGGACGCUCUUAAAGCAACCACUGAAGUAACCCAGAGAGCACUGGAGGAGAUUCGCUACUGGAUGAACUCCAUCCAUGCCCAUAUCCACAAGAUGGGACCCGAGGCACUGAGGAGGGUAAUGCUAGUAGGCACUCAUCGCUGCCCUAAAGAAGGAAGCACAGAGCAUCCACAGGAACCAGUAACCGAUGAAGAGUUGCGUGAAAUCGACAGAACGCUGGUGGAAAUGUUCACAGACACUCCAGUGUUAAAUGACAUCUUCAGAACUGGUGAAACCUGGGUUGCUACGGUCGAGAACUCGCUUGACGGAAAUCUAGACAGGGAGAACAGUGGUGCAGUCGCACUUCAGAAAGCCAUUGCUGAUGCCUGGAAGGAGCUUCCAUUCAAAGAUGAAGCAUAUCCCACUACGUGGCUACGAUUUGAAGCCUACCUCCAGAGGAGACGGCUAGUGGGUACACAGAUUGUGAAUGCUACCAUCAUCAAAAAGGUAGCAAAGGAACAAUUUGGAAUUGGAGAAGAAAACGAGGAGGAUAUUGAAAUGGCACUGGGCUUUUUUCAUGACACAGGCACAAUCGUUUACCCACCAAAGCUGCCAACCUUGUACCUGAAAGAAGAAGAAAAGAUGGUUCUGGAUGGGUUGAUCCUACUCGACCCACACUGGCUCACUAAAAUGAUGAGAAAGGUGAUGGAGCUGAAGGCAGGGAGGGGUCCAGAAAUGACCAACAAUAAACAAAUAUUCCUGGAAAACACUGGGUGUGCUGAACUGAGUCUUCUGAAACGGUGCUGGUCUGAUCUCGGAGAAGAAGACUUUCACAGGCUAAUGUUAAUGCUCCAGUCGUUUUGCCUCGUAUUCCCCCUCCCAAAACGAGCAGAAAAAGAUGAUACACAAACCCCUUGUGCACAAGUGAAGCCAGAUCAACAGGAGGAACCUGAAAAACCACCCUCCUUACCACCACUCAACCAAAUGUACCUGAUUCCAUCAAAGCUCCAGUCCGAAACAUUCAACCAAGACCUAACCAAAAAUUUUAACCUCUCCUUUCAGUUUGACUUUGGGGGUUUUCUUCCCGAGGAAGUCUACCACCGUCUUCUCUGUCUCAUGCUCAAGAAGUUGCCCAAGAUGAGUGGCAAACACAAAGAUAUAUUUACUGCUAAUUUUUUCAAGAUUUAUGGGGUCGAGAACUGCAACUGGGUUGUUCAGAUGGUUAGCUCAAAGCUAUGUGUGUGGGUAAAACAUGAAGAGAGUUCUAUUCCGCCAUCCUCCUACGUCAACCUUGUCCACAUGGACUACCUGCAAAAGAUAUGCAAUGAAAACGGAAGCAGUCUGCAGGGUCUGAAGUAUAUUGGAGGGCCGGUUCACAUGUGUGACAACCAGCCAGAGGUUGUACCCUGUGUAUCAUUUCCAGAUGACAAGGAAGUGGCACAUAGUUGGAAAUGCACAGGAUGUCUAAAGCUAUUUGACAUCGAAGAACUUUUGAACCCCAAGUAUGUGCCAAAAGAGAAAGUGCCUUCUACCUCUACUGUGUGUGAGACUGUAUCAGAAGGUGCCGUUAAUUGAUGCCUUAAUGUUUAAAAUAUAGAGUCAUUCUACAGGUACUACUUUGGUAAGGCCUCCUGAGAAUGCUACCUUUAGUAUAACAGCUAGUAAUGUGAUUCUUCCCCAACCACACUCCACACUCAACCUCCACAUUGAACCAAAUAUUCCACAGCUCCCUGAGGGCGUUGUGUCAUCUCAGCAAGCUGGAAGUGUACUACCUGAUGUCACUGGGAAGUGUCAAUUGCCAGAGCCCAGGGGCAAAGUUACCGCCAGUCAGCCACCCACAGCCACUUCAGAUGAGCCACAACUCCCUGUGCAAUGCCAGCAAGCUGAAAGUGUGACUGAGAAUCGUCAUUUGCCAGAGCCUAGAGGCGAAGUUACCACCAGUCAGCCACCCACAGCCACUUCAGAUGGGCCCACCCUUCCCACCCUGCUUCGCUUAAAAGUCCAUCAGCGUAUUGGUGAUCGUUAUCAAUUGUUUGGAGUUUUACUUCUUAAUGACAAGGAUGGCACCCAAGUUGCUAGCCUGGCCCACCAACACAAGGGAAAAUGUGAAGAUAUUGUAAUGGGAAUCUUACGAGAGUGGAUACAGGGAAAAGGAGUGCCCUCGACAUGGCCGGCACUUAUUCAGACACUCAAAGAAUCAGACCUAAAUGAGCUAGCAAAGGAGGUAGCAACAAAGUACUCAGUAAAUUGAUUGUGUGCUAAAUAAAAAAUUUAGUAUAAUUAUAUAGGACCGAUAGGGCAAUACUAUUACUGUACAAUGUUCAUUCUAUUAGCCAGUGUGUUUGUUACUGUACUAUGAAUGUUCAUUCAAUAAGCUACAAGUUUGUUAUUGCUGAGGAAAACACAAGUAUAUGAGUGUAGGACA